AGCUCGGAGGGAAGUCACUGCUCCUAGUACGUCUCUGUUCUCAACUGAACUUUACUGAGAAUGACCGUUAUAAAAACAGAUAUGAAAUAAUCCAAAAGUCAAAUUUGUGGACUUAAGGCCAGCAAAGAGCAAAGUUAACAUUGCCGAAGCAAAGGUAAGCAUGCUUUUCUUAUGAAUGAGAGAUUAUGCACUCGACCUGUGUUAAUUCCUAUUGGGUCAUCCUCUGUUUCACCUAGUUUCUCUCAGAUCUGCAGUGGUAACAAAAUGCUUUUAUGUAUGAUGUAAUGCCACAACAAGCAGAUCAGCUAUGAGUUUUAAAGGUCAUUUAUAGCUUGAUUUCUUUAAUUAUAUUCUGCAGAGGAAGUGCAGAUGUUACAGGAAUAAUAGGCAGCACUAAAAUUCAGAACACAGAUUCAUAUUGAAAUGUUUGUGCUAAGUGUGAAAUCAGUCAGUAUAGCAUUUAGCAACAUUUCUAUUGUUAACUAGGCUUAUAUACAUAGAAAUAUACAUAGAAAUAUAUAUAAGCCAAAUGCCUUCAUUCUCAGGUCUAAUGAUGUAUAGAUCUAGGCUUUUAGUAGUUAUUUAUUAAGUUGACUGAUGGAAGUCUAGAUAACACUUUCUCAGUGCUUUUACUCUUGUGUCUACCUCCAUUGUGGUUUUAGUACCUGCUGUCUCAUGCAACUUCACCCCGUGUAAAAAUACCCCAACUAAGCUGCUUAUGAAGCCCUCUAGAAAAUAGUCUCUCUUGUCUCCCUACUCCCUUCCCUUCACCUUGAUGACCAUAUUCCCACCCUUUCCCCGUAGACCCCCUGUCCUGACAAGGUGUUUUUCAUCAUAUCUGGCAUCAAUAAUCACUUUAGCAGUCCAAAAUGGCGGUGUUAAAGGUGACAUUCACAAAGACCAAUCGGGACAAGCUGGCCCAAGUACUGUGGGUGCUGAACUGGGUUUCCGUGAUAACGGGCAUCAUCCUGUUCAGUCUGGGCCUCUUCUUGAAGGUGGAGAUCCAAAAGAGACGUGAACUCAUGUCUGAUGAGAUCCACUCAGUGCCCAACAUGCUCAUUGCUGUGGGCCUGGUUGCCUGUGGCAUCAACUUCCUGGGAGGCAAAAUCUGCUACGAAUGCGUGGACAUGGUAAAGUUCCUGCGAUGGAAGCUGCUACUGCUGCCCUACAUCAUAUGUACUUUUUUCUUCACCUUCUGCAUCCUGGUGGGGGCUCUGAUGUGCUAUACUAUGCGCAACAAUCUAGAGGAGUCACUUUUCCUGGGCCUGCGGGACGCCAUGCGCUACUACAAGGACACGGACACGCCGGGCCGCUGCUACAUCAAGCGCACUGUCGACCUGCUGCAAAUCCAGUUCCAGUGCUGUGGCAAUGAUGGCUACAGAGACUGGUUCCAAAUCCAGUGGAUCAGUCAACGCUACCUGGAUGUGUCCAGCAACGAGGUGGUGAAUCGCCUGCGAAGCAAUGUGGAGGGGAAGUAUCUUAUGGAUGGAGUGCCCUUCAGCUGUUGCAACCUGUACUCUCCGAGGCCUUGCAUCCAGCAACAAAUCACCAACAACUCUGCUCACUACAAUUAUGACUAUCAGACAGAGGAGCUAAACCUGAACCAGAAGGGCUGCAGACAAGCGCUGCUGGAGUAUUAUACCCAGAUCAUGCAGUCCAUCGGCCUAAUCGUGCUCAUCAUCUGGCUCUUUGAGCUCUCUGUACUGACGGGGGUGAGGUACCUACAGACCUCCAUGGAGAAUGUGCUAAGAUUAGGAGAUCCUGACUCUGAGUCUGAUGGCUGGCUUCUAGAGAACAGCAUUGCUGAGACAGCCCGUUACAACUUCAACAUCAUCAAGAGCCUGGGCAAGUGCUACCAGGUAGAUGAUGACCCCAACAUCGAUGUACCAAGCACCAGUCAGCAAGCUCAAGUGAAUGUACCCACUCGGCAAAUCCCUUUGGCCAGCUAGCUCCAGACAGAACUGAACCAAAACACUGGGCAACUUGAGACCCUUUCAAUGAACCACGGCAGCCUCUGGGAUGGCAGAUAAAGCUCUGCUUCGCAACCGUAAACUUGGGGUGCAUAAACUGUGCUGAGCACAAAGAGAUGAAGAUACAAUCUACAGUGCUAUUUGUAGGAGUGUGCACUCGUUGGUCUUUCAGAGAGGUUCAGUAAAUGGGAGAAAAAGUGAUCUCAGUCUAAAAGCCACCGAGUGCCAUACAAAAACGCUGGCAAGAUGGUUUAGACAAACCAUUAAGAAAGGAGUACGUGAAAUGAUUGGUGUGUACUCAACACACAUUUGUGCAGACAACUUCAACUGCCUUUACCUCUUAGUAAACAGAAGGUGACUGUACUUAUAGAAAGGACAGAAUGCAUGUGAAAUCUAGUACUAUUUUAACAAGGCUGGAAAUUUUGGGAUGUUGGCACAACAUCAAUCAGAUGGUCAUUAUGGCUGCUGAUGGAUGUUAUGGUAGCUGGUGCCUCUGUGCUGCAUGGAAUGUACUUGAUUCAAAUGUGUAUGGAAGAGCAUGACAAAAAUUAACACAGGGUCAAGAUGAAACAUAGAUAUUUUAUGUAGUUAACCACCAUUCCAGGAGAACAUGCUUUUAGUCAGGUUCUCAUAUUCCCAUGGCAACAUCAUCUGUGAAUUUUGACAGUGACCGGACAGAUAUUUCUCACGAUGCACCCAGAAGUUUUUUUCAUUGGAAAUGUUUUUUCACCUACUAAUCUGUUAGUGUCAGUCACAGAAGUCACACCAUUGUUAUUUUAUUUGCCUUCUUGGUGACUGUAGCACCAUUUUGAAUGUUGUAAACAACUUAGAGUAAGAAUUAGCCAGUCUUAAGCACAGCCAUCACAAGGUGGGUUAGUUUUAACACAGUGUUUCCCCUAAGCUGCCCAAAAUAAACAAGUAAAGAAGUCCAUCGAUAUACACACCCAUCCAAAUAACAGACACUUUUUAGUGUCUGAACUGGCCACUUCAUCUAAUACAAUCAACCCAGUCUUUGCACUCACAAAUUGUUCGUUGACAUUAGUUGUUGGAAACAAAGUUAAAAGUUCAUCUGUAGCAGAGGUGUGCAGGCUAUAUGCAUAAAAAAUUAUUUAUUUCUCUCAAAUACUGUUAUUACUAAUAGUUAACACUAUACUAACACUAUUAAUACUGCUAAUACUACUACUAAAUUAUUAAGCAAAAACCAUAAGUGUCAGUCUGUACUCCCCUGUGUCAUUUCCACAUGAAUGUUAUCUUUCAGUUUACUUACUUUGGCAAUAUGUGUGUUGAUGGGAAUAUUUAGUUCAUGUAAAAUUGAAUAUACACAUUUGAAUCAAGUAAAUUCAGUGCAGCACUUUGUCUUCAAUUUCUGGGGCAACAUUUUCCUUCAUGGUGGUAUCCAAAACAAACUCAACAAAAUAAAUAAAUAAAUAAAUAAAUAAAAUAAAAAUGAAUAUACAGUGCCUUUUUUUUACUAAGGAAUAACAACAAUGUGCUCUUCCAAUGACCACAGCACUGUCUUCCAGAGGUUUUCUAAUUUAUCAUGAUGGGAUUUAUCAUGCUCAUGUGCAAGAAGAAAAGACUUCUUACAGAAUGCAUUUAUAGUACACUGCAAAGAGCUAGCCGGCUUGCAUGCUGCUGUUUGUGCAAUUAGAUUUGGAGUUAUGAAAAACUUUUCAGGCAUUGUUAGCCAGAGUAGCUCUUUUCAACUUUACUUUUUUAAGGUAGACCUGGACUGAUUGCAGCUCUGGAGAACAUAGUAUUGCUUAUGCUAUCAUACAGUGUCUGUCCUAAGAAACUGUUUCACAUAGACUGAAAGCUUGGAUUGCCCUUUAUAUCCCUUCAUGCUGGCUCUAAUAAAUCACUUAAAAAAUCA